UUUUUCUUUCAAUAACUUCAGGUCGGUUUCAUGUAGUAUUGUCAUGUAACCUCAUGUCGUGUCGUGUCAGAUAUUGCCUAUGUUCCACGCACUCCAAAGUCUGAACUAUAAUAAAUUUAUCCUCUCACCAUUCCAAAAUUCUUUUUUAGAAAUAUCCUCUUUCACUCCUCCAAAGUCCACACCGCAACCUCUAAAAGUUCAACGCACCAAAAAUGGAGGAUACAACAUGGGAGCAAAAGUUUGAAACCCUAACACACAUCUUAACAAACCCAACAACAAACCCAUCACUCCACUCACAAUACUUCAUAGCCAACCAAAUUCCCUGCUACCUAAACUGGGAUUACCCACCACUCCUCUGCCCCAAAUACCAACACCCAACAUUCAACCUAAGAUGGGCUUUCUCUCUCUUCCUCAAAAGGGCCUCCAGAUUAAGGGUAUCUUGGAGGUCAAAGUGCCCUUAUAGUCAACCCCCACCCUUAAUUUUGUCAAAUGGAGUUGAAGAAGCUAAAUGGGAUGAUGAAGGGAAAAGGCUGUAUUUCAGGAAAAGGGUGUUAAGGAAGAAGCUUCAGAGUGAAGUUAAUCCUGUGAUCCCAGUUUUAGUCCCAAAUAUCUUGUUGUUGUGUCUUCUAUUUUGGGAUCCUUUUCCUCAGUGAUUCUAUUUCUUCAGGGAGUUUCAUAAUGUUCAUAUUUUCAUAUUGUUUGUGGUGGAGAAACUCUUGGUUGUGUCACUCUGGUGAUAAGGUUGAAAUCUUGUUUGUGGCUCUUUUUCUUUGUGAAUAAAGUAAUCCGUAGUUGCUCAAAUAAGUCCUUCCUAUUGUGAAUUUGUGAUAAUGUAAUUGUAUUCCGAGUUAGAUCAAGGAUAAAUCCGGAAUGGUGAUAUUUUAUGUUCA